CCAAUCUUCUCCCUGGUCCCCAUUAGAGGAGGGAGGCCUGUGUCAAUCGGCUGAGAAAGAAGGGAUUUUGUACCUUGACUUUGCAGGAAGAAUAUUUUUAGAGAAGAAAUGGCCGACGAGGAAAUUCUUCUUUGUGUUGAAGUUGGAGGAGGAGGAGGGAGGCAUAGCAGAGUGAUGCCAUGGUGGCCUUCAAAACCCGUCACAAUCACAUCCAUGUCCAGUAUCGACUGUUACUGCCCUCAAAUAUGUGUGUAAGAGAAACAGCAGCAACAGUCCGGAGGCAGCAGCAAAAUGGAAGGAGCUGAGAGUGAUGACAUUGGGACCUCUUUCCUGACCUCAGAACAGUACAUGGUAGAGGGUCACAGUGUGCACAGCCAGCAGCAUGAAGAUGAGGAGAAGGAAGAAUUGCCACAUGUGCUGCGGGAACAAGACCGUUUCCUUCCAAUUGCUAAUGUGGCAAGGAUAAUGAAACGAGGCAUCCCCAAGACUGGCAAAAUUGCAAAGGAUGCACGGGAAUGUGUACAAGAGUGUGUGAGUGAAUUCAUCAGUUUUGUGACGAGUGAAGCUUCAGACAGGUGCCACCAGGAAAAGAGAAAGACCAUAAAUGGGGAAGACAUCUUGUGGGCGAUGAAUGCACUUGGCUUUGAAAACUAUGUGGAGCCAUUAAAAAUAUAUCUUCAGAAGUUUAGAGAGUCAACGAAAGGAGAUAAACCAUUGGAAGGGUCAGUUGAGAGUUCAUAUGAAGUUGAUUUUGGGAACAACAUGGCCACCUUUACUGCUGACCAUGUCAGCCAAUCAGAAAUAGUGUGUACCUAUGGUCCUGGCCAGGUGACUCAACAGUUCACUCUAGGCUGAGAAUAGGUACUGCCAUAGGUGUUACUGUGUGUGUGUGUGUGUGUGUGUGUGUGUGUGUGUGUGUGUGUGUGUGUGUGUGUUCAUGGGUGAAAUUAAUACUAUGUAGGGCAGAGGUGAAGAACUAAUGUGUUGUAUAUUUUCUUACUUGACUAUUUAUGAUCAGAGUAUGAUGUGUGUGUGUGUGUUUGUGUGUGUAGAUGUGUGGUUUGUAUGCACAUUUCAAUAUUCCUUGUGUAUAUUCUUACUGUCUGCCCUGAAAAAGGAAGAAUUAGAGUGCUUAGGCUAUGUUCAGCUGAUUUUUGUAAACCAACAAUGAGUCAUUUUGUUAUUUCCAGACUCCUAGAGAGAAACCAAAUGUUCCUUAAAUUUUACAUUGAGGUCUCAGGGAAAGUAUUGUGUACUUACCGUAGUGAGGCAGUCUGUUUGCAUUCCCUCAAGAGGGGGCUGAAUGCACCAUGAUAUGCACUAUAAUCAACAAACAUCCCACUCAGCAAACAAAGCCUGUAUCAAAAAACACAGGGUGGUCCAAAAGUCUUGUUACCUCAAAAAGGAAGAUAAAAAUUGAUACUUGAAACCAGUAGCCAGAUGAGUCCAAAUAGAAGUACCACUUUCUUUUUUUAUUAAUUGUCUUUGGUUGUGUGGUGAUGUUUUCUACAUCAUGCUUUGUUUUUGUGAGUUAUCAAAAAACGUACCAGUGGUAUGCUUUCACUAUACUUUUUUGUAUUAUAAUUAUGGAUCAGUGAAAUACUGUAAAAACUUGUAGAUCACUAGCUGUGAUGUAAUUAAUGCAUACAUGAGGAGAUGGGUAGUAUUCAAUCACCAGUCUAAGUUAGCCAUAAGUGAUUGUCAUUGGUCAUGUGUUUUAUUACCUUAUUUUGCUUUUGCUUUUUUUUUUUUUUUUUUUUUUUUCUUUCUGAAUGAGAAAUUCUGUUCCAUGAGUGAAAAGGAGGAGCUUGUGCCUCAAAAACUUUUACUGUAUACCUUUUACUUGGGUAUGGACACUGGGAAGCAUUCAUAUCUACCCCAUUCUCCUUUUCCUGGUUUAUAAAAGCGAAUGUAAUGUGGUUUAUUUCUUAAUCUAUUUGUGGUCUUAAGUGUCCUGCCCAUAGCUCUUAUAAUAUUGUUUUUAAAGAAUAGUUCAUAUAUUUGCACAUAUUUACAUAAAUGUACUAAGUUUCAGAAUUUAUUAAAUUAGGAAUGGUAGGCAAAAGUUUGCAAAAUACUGGACAGUACUUAAACACUACAUAUGUACCAUUGAUGAUUAUACUGAAAUGGCAUAGACCUUUCUGAAGGUAUCAGGGUAAUUUAGAAGACUUUUCUGGCCACUCUGUGCAGUGUAUUAGUAAUAAGUGUGUGUUGGGGAAGGCAACAGAAUCACAGACUUGGUCCUCCCAUAAAGUUAUGCUGAAUGUUGUUAUUUCACAUAAACUUUGAUUUAUUCAA